AUGACACACAGUACCAACGGCUCAAAAAAACGUUUUCUUCGUCGUUUAAGUGUUUAUAUUAUUGUUGCAUUAGUUCUAUUAAUACCGGCUAUUUUAUUUUAUAUUUAUUGGGAAAAGUUAAUUAUUAGUAGAGUAUUAAAAGCUGUAAAAUUGAUUCGUGAACCAGAAUCUGAAGCUAUGAAAAAUUGGAAAAAUCCACCAACAAUUAUAACACGAGCUUAUCGUCUAUAUAAUUAUACUACUGAUGUGGAUGAAAUAAAACAAAAUGCAUGGGCUAUGUUACAUGUUCAAGAAACACGUCCUUAUGUCUACGAUAUUAAAGUGAAAAAAGAAAAUAUUAAAUGGAUUAAUAAUGAUCAAAAUUUAGAAUAUUCUGUUCAACGUCUAUUUCAACGUCAUAAAAAUUUUGAUGAAACUUUGUUAACAGAAGAUGGAACAUUUGUAAAUAUACUUCGGGCAAUAUUUCGUGCACAAUAUGGUCGUUCACAAGAUAGUGGAACUUUUGAGACCUUCGUUGGUAAAGAUGUAAGUAGAGAUGUAUUUUAUAAAAAAUUGGGUAUUGAAGAACUCGAAGGAUUUACAUCAGAAUUAUUUGAAAAAAUGAAAGAUAGUAUGAUGGGUCCAAAUACGGAUAAAUACGGUUUUGUUUACCGUUAUAAUGGUAGUCGGGCAUAUAAUUUCACGAUUCGUGUCGAUAAUGAAAAUAAAGGACGUGUACUCAAAUAUGCAUCAGAAUAUGUGCCAUUCAAAAUAAAUCCAACAACUUACGACUUUCCAGUCUACGAUGGUCUUACAUUUUUACCUUUACUUCAAACAAAGAAGACUCUUAAUAUGUUUCAACCAGAUAUUUGUCGUCCUAUUCAAAUUAAAUUUAAUAAAAUUGUACACAUGUAUAAUAUGGAUUUGCACGAAUUUGUUAUACGUUUUAUUGAUCUGACACAAUGUCAUAAUAAUAGCGAAUCAUGUGAUGAAUUGGAGAGUAUUGAUAUUUCAAAAUGUGUAUCAAGUUCGAUGCCAGAAGACACUAUUUAUUUGUCAAAACCACAUUUCUAUGGACAUAAUUCAUCAAAAUUUAAUAUUCAUGGAUUUGCACCCGAAAAAGAAAAACAUGAUUCAAUGCUUUAUUUUGAACCAUAUACUGGUACACCAGUGAAAGCUCAUCAUCGCAUACAGAUGAAUGUCAAUCCAUAUAUCGAUACUUACAAACAAAACAGAGACGGUGAAUGGGAACGAAAAACGAAAGGCAAAUCUGUAAAACGAAUGCUUCCUCUACUAUGGAUGGAUCAAGAAGUCACAUUGUAUACAGAAGUGUUACAAAAACUUCAACAUAUUCACCGAAUGGUUAAUAUUUUAAAAAUAGUGCGUAUUGUAGCUGUACUAUUAGCUAUCACUAUUCUCGUUAUGGUAAUUGUAUUAAUGGAAGUAAUUGCAAGAAAAAAACAAAAUCAUAGUCGAUAUAAACCAAAAUAA